GAAAGACUACUCUCCCCUACCUUACAUUGUUUUCUUCUCUCUUCUCCUUCUCUUGCCUUGCAUUUUGUUUUCUCUCACACUAGGGGUUUUCUCGCAUUUCUACGGAAUUUCAGAUUCAACGUCCUACUUUGCUGGAUCGUUGAUUCACAAGUCGCUGCAGAUAGUCAGACUGCUUGAUCUUUAAAGAUUACCUUUUGGACUUGUGGAUUUAAACUGAGUAGCGGAGGAAGUUGGAACAUAUUUUUUGCCUGAGGUCAUUAAGCAACUUUUGUUGCUAUAUUCUGUUCUUUGCUUGAGUUGCAUUUAAUCUAUCUCUAACCUGGACGUAUAUGAUCUUUUUGGAGUCAAUUGGAGUGUUCAACUAUUUCUCUCAGGUAUUUUUGGCUUGUUUGCUGGUCCUGUGGAAUACCUUACUGAAUAGAAGAUUUUAUUGUGUCCAUGCUGGCGGAGAGCAUGCGUGGAAUCUGUGGUUUGGGUAAUGCCCCAGUCGAGAUUAGUCGCUGAUGCACUUGGUGUGGUGACGAUUUGUCUUGUUACUGUAUUGGUUGUUCUGGGGUUGUUCUGUAUCAUAUAUUCAUUUUACUUCCGCAGUCGGAUCCUCGGGCAAGGUUUCAGUCAGCUUAGUUAUUUUAGUGGUCCUUGGAUAAUCAGAAUCACAUACAUCUUCUUUGCAGUUUGGUUGGGCGUUGGUGAAAUUAUACGGUUGAAUUUGUUGAGGCACCACGGAAGAGUAUUGGAUGGUCUCACUUUGGAAUGGCAGGAAAAAGUCUGCAAAGGAUACAUCAUUUCGAACCUGGGAUUCGCAGAACCAUGCCUGUUUCUCACACUCAUUUUUCUUCUCCGUGCAUCUCUACAAAGGUCUGGAACGUUAGGUCACAAGUGGAAUGUGAAAACGGCCAGUUUUGUUCUUGUUUAUUGCAUUCCAUUGUUCAUUCUUCAGCUAGUAGUUAUCUUAAUUGGACCAAAGUAUAAGAAGGACCAUAAUCCGAAACUGCGUUCUUAUUUCAUCAGAGCAGCUUCUUCCGAUGCAAAUCAUGAUACUGCCUUCUGCACUUACCCUCUAUUCAGUACCAUCUUUCUCGGUGUUUUUGCUACCAUCGUAACUGUCUACUUGUUUUGGCUUGGUAGGAGAAUUCUUCAUUUGGUGAUCAAUAAGGGUUUGCAGAAGAGAGUGUACACGUUGAUCUUUUUUAUCUCUAGUUUUUUCCCGUUAAGAGUUGUUCUGCUUGGUUUGUCGGUCCUAGCUGAUCCAGGAACACCUUUGUUUGAUGUCAUAGUAUUCCUGUCUUUCAUUUCCCUUUUAUGUUGUGCAGGGGUGGGUAUGUGCAUGCUUGCAUACCUUCCUAUAUCAGAUUCUUUAUCUUUGAGGAGUCUGCAAAUAGAUACAGAAGCUAGGAGGAGGUGGGCUGGUAAUGAGUGUAACGAUACGAGUUCGUUAAUUGCUUAUCAGAGCCCAGUUGAAGGAAGUCUUGUAAGUAGAAAUUCAUCUGCCUCAGGAAAACGUGGAUCGAUUUCUUUCCAUGCUAGUGAGAAAGAUGAAACCUCUGGAGCAGCUUUUGUGGAACUAAGCCUAUUCAAUCCUAGCCAGCAUUCAAGUCCACCUGGGUCGCCUAGACUUGUCGGGUGGUCUAUGGUGGUUCCCGCACAAGGUUAAGUUAGCUGCAGAGAGGCCGGGCCAGGGUGCCAAACAUUUUUGCGCUCAACUCAGAACUCAGUACUGUCUGUAAAGGAUUUAGCUGUUUAAUAAUGAUUGCUAAUUUUGCUGCUUUCUGGUUUUGAGAUAGUUGUUUGCUUUUUUUUGUAUUUUAUCCACCGUAUUUUUCUUGGUGGCGCUGUUAAUCUGUAUCUCUUCAAGUUUGGUUGGUUAUGACGAUUUCACAGCUUUACUAA